AUGUCUUACUCGUUUUUCGAUCACUCUUCAGGAGCUGCAAGUCCCAAGAGAAGCUUAAUGCCAAAUGCCACUGGUCCUGGUGUCUCUUCGCUUAAAGAGGAGCCACAAGAAGAAUCCCCUGGUUCAUCCAUUACUCAAGAGUCUCCGGCAGAGGAAAAUUGCCUGCAGUCUCCUCCACCUCCUCGACCGAACUACUCAAUCGUACCCUCAACCAUUGACCUCGAAGAGAAAUCUCGCAAACCCCAUCUAGACACAUUCCAUCAAUUCAUGGAUCUUCCACUGGAACUGCGAAUCAAGAUAUAUGAAUUUGCAUCUCUAGAACCGAGAGCAGUUCCCAUCUGGCCCGUCUAUACCGACCGAGAAAACGACGACGUCGAAUUCCGAUUUAGAUCCGAGACCCCUGCCAUCAUGCAAGUCUGUCACGAAGCUCGAAGAGAAUCACAAAAGCUUGACAUCUAUGCACCAACUUCUGAUACUUCAUCUCCACUUCCACGUAUCUGGUUGAAGCCUAGCAUCGACAUCAUCUGCCCUGUGCGCAACGGCAGUUCCAUCUGGACAGUUUUCCAAUUCUUGAAAUUCAGCCAGAUAAUCAAUCGCCUCAACAUCGAAAGCUUAUGCAUUGAUUCUUUUGAAUUUCAAUGUUCCCAGCUAACGGACAAUUUGCAAACGUUUGUUGUCAUUCCAAAGUGGAUGAAUCAUAAUCUUCGCCAGAUUCUGGCUUAUAGCCCGCUACAUCCCAUCAAUAUCCAUCGUCAGCCUCUGAGAAUUGUCAAUUCUACCAAGCUUAACCUCGAACAAGAUUCUGAGGAAGUCAUGAUGCAUUCUAUGGAGGCGGACACCAUGUUUGAAGAACUGGAAGAUUUGAUUGAGAAUCUCAAUUCUUUUCAAAAGGCCCAGGAUGAAUUAGAUAAGAUGACGGGUGAAAGAUUGGUUCACAUGCCUAGCUGGCUCUAUAUGCAUCGGAAAACAUGGACUCGACCGGAGCUCAUGCGCUGUGCGGCCUUGUAG